UUGACCGUAAAAAGUGUGUUAGCUGCCUGCAGCGGUUUCGUGGAAGUGAUUCGUUCGCGAACGUUUGCCUGCUUCAGUGUUGGAAGAAGAGAGGACACCGUGCAGUGACUGGGUUGGCUCUUGGUUGCUCCGUGGCAUGCCCCGGCUACCGACGGCGUCGCCAGCUCUGACCCGUGGCGGCGAUGAUCAAGUUCUGCGCGCUCAACUCGAACGACACAUCGUCGCCUCAGGAUGACGACGACUCGCCGGUGGUUACCAGGGAGGCUCAAGAGGAGGAAGCCUUCGGCUUGUACCGCAAGGCACUCGGUCAACUGCAGCAGGAAAGCCACGACGAGGCCCUAGCGUCGUUCCGUGAGCUCCUAGCGCUACCAUUCAUCAGCCGGUGCAGCGCGCCGCCCCAAGAUGACAACAGCGACGCGAAAAGCGCUGGCGGAACGCUUCCUCCCGCGCUCAUGCUCAAGUACGUGGCUCUCAAGAACCUGGGCGGAAUCCAAGUGCGGCUGGGAGACUCCCGCGGCGCUGUCGCCGCCUACCUGGACGCCGCGGAGAUCGACUCGACCGAUGUCACGCUCUGGUACAAGAUCGGUCGACUCGCUCUCGGCCUCUACCUUUACCCUCUCGCGAGGAUCGCCUUCGAGGAAGGGUUGCGUUGCAGCGAGCAACACUGGCCCUGCCUUAGCAACCUGAUGACGGUGCUGUACGUACUGAACGACCACUUGGGCUGCCUAGAAUGCGCCGCUCGGGCGCUGCGACUAGACCCCGGCUACGUGAAGGCGUUGGCCUUCAGAGAGGCCGUGUUUCGGGAGAACCCCGCCCUGAAGAGCUGUCAGGACGGCGUGUUCAGGGGCUGCGACCCGUCGGUGUUUACGCGAGCCGUGAGCAAGGAAGACGCGGAAGCCGUGCUCUCGGAAGCCCGCGAACUGAGGGACAAGCGCCGCGAGCUGUACACACCCGGAAAGUUGCCCCGGCUACCGCUGCGCAAGAAGCUUGGCGAGAUGUCCUGGGUAGCCCUCGGCCAAGCGAUGUUGGAACUGUACGAGUUCAUAGCUACCGCGAAGCACGACAGUGACGUAUCGCUGGCGUGUAAAGUGGACCUGCUGCGGAGCGAGAUCGAUGACAAGCCUGUCGCCGAAGUCACCGACUUGAAAAAGGAGUCCCCUUCGGACAGCCUGCAGCAGGGCAGUGGGAACUCCUCGGGCGACCUCAUCAUCUGCAUGAACACUCCCAGCGACCCGACGUCGCAGGCCGAGCUACCUGAGGGCCAGCCACAAACGGAGCCUGUGGAACCACAGUUAGCACAGCCAGCUGACCCGGGGUCGCUGGCUGAGCAGCUUACCAUUGUGACUCAGGAGUUAGCUACUCCUGAUGAGAACGGCGGCUCGAGGAUGACAAUUGGCAGAGGCAGGAGGGGAGGGAAGCGCAAGCGACUCUCUCUAGAACACUUGGAUCCAUCUUUGAAGAGACGCUCAGCAAGGGUUCGGAACACGCUGCGUAAGACGCAGGAGAGCGUCAACUAUCAGGAGCUCUUGACCCAAUUCCUACCAUCUAGCCUCGCAUACGAGGGCAAGGACGAUAGGGAAGACAGCAUCCCAAACUUCUCUGACCUGAACAGCGACCACACCUAUGGCAUGACCCCGACUGGCACUCUUCAGGAAGAUGUUGACAAAGUAGUCAGUGACGCUGAAGGCAUAGAAAAGACUGAAUCAGAAGCUGUGCAGAGGUUUAUUAAUGAGCAUGGGGAUAGGCACACCCUUAUGGACCUGAUGGAAGACUACCUGUGGGAGCUGAGCAGUCGAGAAGAUCUUCUUUGGCCUCCUCGUUUGUGUGAUAUCUUUGUUGAUGUGUACAAAAGCUUAAGACCACAUAUAGAAAGACCAUCUAUCUUUGCAGGGCAUGAAGAAGCUGCAAACAUUUUGCGACAUUCUAUGUCGACAUUGCUGUAUUGCGAGUUUAUGAUGGACAAGGUUGUUGUGGCAAAAGCACAGGCUCAGCCAUCUGCUUCAGUAUCACCGAGGAGCCCAGGCAAUCAGCUCGGACCAGAGUUUCCUAGUGCUCAAUUUGGGUGUGACUUAGAAUUUCUUGCUCAGAUGUCGGUGAGAGAAGGCGUAUUUGAAGAGAAAUGGGUCCCGUUUGUUCUUCGAUCGUUCUGGGCAGAGGCACGGUUUUUGAUGCUUAGUGGUGAAACUGAAUCUGCUGUGCAAGUGCUCGAAAAUGUUCUUUGUAGGAUUGAUUAUGAGAGUCCGCCUGACAAACAGCCUGUAACAAUACACAUAACAAAUUGUAAAAUGAAUGAUGUUAUUUCACGAGAGGUUGUUCAGGAACAACUUGAAUCGUUGCAGAGAUGCCAGUCUCUUGAAGAGGUGCAUCGUCUUUUUGAGCUUGGUAGGUAUAAGGUAGUGGCUGACCUGUUGAUUCAGACAUUUAAAAAGCCAGCCUCUAGAGGUCGCAAGCUACAUGCUAAAGCAAACAUUCCUGAACGCCAUGCCCAGCUCAUACUUUUGCAAGAGUCACUGUGGAAAUUGAAGGACUACUCCGGUUGCCUGAUUUGGGGUGAGGCUUCACUAAAUGAAGCUCUGAAUGAGUAUCUUUCAGUGACAAGUUCAGCACUAAAAUGUGACUGGUCAAACACAAUUGUCAUAGUUCUGUCAGAUAUUCAUCGUUGCAUCAAGCACGACAUGGGACUGCUCGGUUGUCUUGAGAGCCCAAAGCUCACUAGAAUGGCACAUAACAUCAUCAAGCUGAUCAAUGUGCAGAUGGAUGUCAGUGAGUCCAGCAAUGAGAUGGCAGUGCCCACUGUUCUGUCAUGGAAUAUACUGUACUAUAUACUCAAACAUGAAGAAGAUAAGAUACAGCUUUUGGCAGCACGAUCUGAAAGUCACUCGGGCGUAGCUAGCUUUGGUGAGGCUGGAAAAGCCGCUGGAAUGAUUGGCGCCCUACCUUCAUCUUUGAUGCUUUUCUUCACGGCCCAUGAACACUUGGGAAGGCGGUCUUGGUGUACAUUAUCUGAUGGUGUUCUGUUGUACUUGUUUGUGGAUGUUGUAACCCAGGAGCUUUCUGAGAAGUCUGCUAUUGCAAAUGCUUUCCAUGAACAUCUUAACAACGGGAUUGAGCAGUGCUUCUACUGUCUUUAUGGACACCCUCAUCGUCGUGGCAAGGUUAAACACCUUCAAGAGCACAAUGCAAAGCAAGUGAGUCUCACAUGGGACAACUGCAAACAAGUCUUUGACUUCUUCAAGCCACAGUAUUUACCUGGCUUUGACAGCUAUAAAGCCAGCACUGUUUCAUCAGAGCUUGAGGUGCUGCUAAAAAGCAUCGCAGCACUGGUCCCUCCUGACCAGGAUCCCAGCAACAUGGAAACCACUAUAGCUGCAUACAUUGAUGGUAGUGUUGAUACUUUUCCAACCCUUCCAGACACUAGUAAUUUUAGCCCAUUGGUUCUUGAACUGUACUACCUGCUUGGUGACUACUACUUCAAGAACAAAGAGUUUGCAAAGGCCAUACGCUACUACACACUUGACGCUUGUCUGAAUCCUGACCGACUUGACUCUUGGGCGGGCCUUGCACUUUCACGAAGCACCCAGAUAGAGCAGCGUAUUAACUCAUGCGAGCCAAAGAAUGAGUCGACCAUUCAAAAGAGGGCUGCAUCAUCACUUAGAUGUUUUAAGCGUGCACUCGAGAUUGAUAACAGUAACUCGGCGUUGUGGAUUGAAUAUGGAUCAUGUGUCUACAUGCUGCAGUCGAACAUUUCCCGACAGCUGAAGCAAAGCAGCCAAUUUGUGCUGAGUGAUGAAGCCGCUGAGGCUCUUGCUAAGCGGAAGAAGGAACUUUUGGAAACUGCCAAGAACUGCUAUGAGUCGGCGAGCCAUUGCGAGGAGGACUGCAGGCGCGCUGAUGAAAUGUGGCUCAACCACUACCUGUUAGGAAAGAUCACACAUAAGCUGGGCUACUCACCAGCCGUAUACCUGGACCACUUGUACCAGUCGUUGCAGCAUCUGUAUGAAAUGAAAGCCGUAUAUCCACGGCGAAUCUUGUACCACUCACCGCCACCACUUUCGAUAGAAUCACUAGAGCUUUACUAUAAGAUUCAUGCCCUUUCCAUGAAGUAUCUGCUCAGGUAUGAGGAUACACCGGCACCCAAGGACGAGCUGCGUGCCAUUUGGAAGUAUAUUCAAAAGGCAGGAAGCAGCCCAUUUGCAAAGUUUCAGGAGAAAGCUGAGCUCUAUUACUCAUCGGAGGAUGACGAAGAGAGUGAUGAAACUGGCGGAGAAGAAAAGGCCACUGAGACAAGCAGACAGGCUAAGAAAAGGAGCCUGGAGACUGACCACGACUACUACCAUGCAAAGAAGCCACAUCUAGAGCAGAAACGUGGAGAUGUGAAGGCUUCAACUACUGACUCUCCUUCCUCAGCAGAUGAGCAGGAAUUGUCAGCUGUAAAGGAAAUUCUCGACUGUCUCCUUUCUGUUGUCAGUGAAAAGUUAGCAGCCGAAGAAAGACAGGCUUCAUUGAACCGUGCAGAAACAUCCACAGCGGCAGGAGAUGAGCCCAUGGUGACGGCUAGGGAUGGUCGAGGUGUCACGCCAUCAAGUGACUCUUGCCCUGUAAAAGCCCCAUUGGAAGUGAAGCAAGGGAAGUGUGUCGAUGCCCAGCGUCAAAGUCCUGCAAAGGAGCAGACCGCAGUAGUGCUACACGAUGAGCAAAGCGUGACAGAUGCCGACAGCGGCAACAAAAAGUCCACACUUGGUCAGUCCUCUGACACUUCAGAACAAGUAAAGGGGUCCAAGCUGGAGACGUCAGCUCCAAACAGUGAUCCAUUCCUGAAGCUUGAAGAGGAUGAAAUGAAGCAGGUCCUGCUGAAGACGUGCGUGCAUGCCAUGAAGGAAUGCUUGAGUCGCUUCCCGCAGCACUUCAAGAGCGUCUACUACCUGGCGCGCUUCUACUGCCACUCCAAGCGCUCAUGCAAUCUGCAGCUGGCGCGCGACUACUUGCUUGACUCUGGACUGAGUCGGCCGACUGCAGCAGGGUCAGAUUCAGCACCAGCCGUACCUGGCCUGUUUGCCGAAAGGAAGACCACAAAUUUCUUCACAGGCAUCUGGCACACUCCGGGUGAUGAGAUAGAUCGUGCGGGCAGCUUUGCAACGCACAUGUAUCGUUCCAUCGUACUGCUGCUGGAGAUCCUGGAGCGGUGCAAUGAUGUGGACAUGCUGGCACAAUUGGCGGUCCAGCUGAAUCGUGAGCCAGAACCAGAAAAGAAGUACCUGCGUGACGUGGACCGCACAUACUUGGCCCGGAAAGCAUUUGAGACUGCCAUGAUCCUGGCUAGCCGGCGGCUCGAUAUUCUGAUGAAUGAGGAGCCACCUCCCGAGGACGAUGUGCUGGUGUUGGCCCUGCUGGAUGUUUACCGAGUGUUCCAGGUGUUCCAGAAGCAGGGCGUGUUUGUGGACGAGGCUGGUGGAGCGCUAGCCGAGUCGUACCGCCUCUACAAGCUGGGCGAGGUUGACUCGUCACCGCCCAUUGCUGAACAGGCUGUCAUGUUCUGCGCUCGGCGGCAGCACAGGGAAUCCCUACGCGCCCUAGAGGCGGCGGCACACGUCUUUGAGCAGCAACCACUCUAUGAUGUGGAUGGAACGGCCGGAAGCUAUUCGGAUUCGCUCUGAAGCUUGCUAGGCUGUGACAGUAAGCAGUGGUGAUGCCGGAUGUUGCCUGUUUCUCACAUAAUGUGUUCCUUAUCAUGCAAAGUUUAAGAAGCUGGGAAAUGUCUAAAGGUUCAACAUGUGGAUUGUCUCAUUUCUCAGCGUUGUUACACAGCUUCAUGAAGCUUUGCAAUGUGAUAAUUUUAGAAUGUGUGAAGUAGUGCUUGUAAAUUGUCCUAAAGGUGUCACUUGGUGUAGUCCGGUUCAGCUGAGAUGCACUCUCAAGGUAUACUGUGAAAUGUCAGCUUCAGUGCUUGCCAACACUUUUUUCGCCGUGAGACACAAUGUGAAAAACAGUAGUUGCUCCUAUGUAGAUAAAGUCCUAAUAAGGUGUUUCACACACAUAAAUGUGCGCCAGUCUUACGUUUCUUUAUUAUGCCUUGCACUUAUUUGUAAAAUGUUUGGCCAGUCAGAACAACAUAGUAGUAAAGUUAUUUGUCAACAAUUAAUUUGGUGUUAUGUCGACUUAAUAUGUGCAUUGCAUUCCUGCGAUUUAGACUAAUGGCAUAUAGCUGCGUAAAUAUCACUCGGAUUGUAUGAUGUCAGGAGUGUACAUGGUUCAGUUUUUUGAACGGUGUGUGAAUCUCCUGUGGGACACUACCUGUCCUCUCUGAAGUAUCUGUGUGGUUCGGGAAUCGCGCUGCCACUUUUUGUUGCACCUGCGCUGUGUACACUUCAGCAUGCGUUGUAGAUAGCACAGUGCUUGUGCACAAGGCGCAAGAUGUGAAUUGUGUAUAAAUUAAUGCAAGCAGGGCAUCGCCAUUUAGUUUUGCAACGCUUUGCUGUAUAGCGUAUGAACUAAACGGCUAUGCUCUGCUUUUUGCAAGUAGUGCGUGAUGUGUCAUGAUCAUCGAAACUGUGCGAAUAUAAUUGCUUUGGAGGCAGUGUCUUUUUUUAUUCUCGUGUAUAUAUUUGGAUCUAUUUUAUGUCUAUGUCGCAGUAAAGUAAUAUUUUAUACGGCUGCCUCUAUCGUUUAUUUUUUGUGCAGUGAUGCCACAUUAGCGAGUGUUUUUGGUUACCUAUGCUGUAGAAAUGCGAUAUCUUUUACACAUUUUAAUUAGGUGUGUGAAAUAAUACUCUGUUAAUCUAGUUGAAUACGUAUAUUACAGAAAAGUGACCUUCAAAUAUUGAAUUAUUGCAUGUAGGACUUUUUAACUAUGUUCAUAACUGGAUAUCAGUUCAACUGAGCUUGCAUAUUCGCAGAUGGAUGGCCAUAUUUGUUAACUGGCUAUAUGACAGCGCAACCCAAAGGAACUUCACAUCAACAGACGGUUGUAGUGUGUUGUGUUUGUUGAGACAAGCUGUACAGCUCUGUGUAUCCUUUUAAGGGGAUGCAAGCAUGGUGGCUCCAGUUAUCCCAAAUACAUUGUCUUGCCAGUAAAUCGAAAAUAUAUGUGCAGACUGCUUAUAGGUGGACUGCCCCUCAUUGAGGAGAAGUCAUUUAGCAGAAGUCUACUACUCCAAGUGUUUGUUCAACAACAUCGUGGGCUUUCAGUGGUUGGUGAUGAUAAUGGCUGCACAGUUGCUUAGAUCAGUAGUAAUAAAUGCGUUUACUUGCUUCCCAGUGAUUGAACUAAUGAAUCUUUUACUUUUUAAACAAGUAUUGACAGUCAAGCAUGCCACUACGUCUGUGUUGGCCGCGAUGCAACUGAUGUUCUGUGCAAAAUUUCGUUUUAUGCAAAAUAACAAAAGUAUCUUAAAGUAACAGGGGUUC